AUGGGUUUCCUCAACAAGCCUGCCGAUGUUCCAGGCUCAGCAGCCCCUGCCAUCAUCAUCGGCGCAUUUGUUGCCUUUGGUGGUGUGCUUUUCGGGUAUGACACCGGCACGAUUGGCGGUAUCUUGGCCAUGAAAUACUGGCGUAACCUCUUCUCGACUGGAUACAAAAACCCCAAGGAUGGCCUUCCGGAUGUAGAUGCGAAUCAGACUUCGGAAAUCGUGUCGAUUCUCUCUGCUGGAACUUUCUUUGGUGCUUUGCUGAGCGCACCAGUUGCUGAUAUGAUUGGCCGUCGCUGGGCCAUGAUCUUUCACAGUUUUGUGUUCACCUUUGGCGUCAUCCUGCAGACCGUUGCCACCGCGAUUCCCCUUUUCGUCGCAGGUAGAUUCUUUGCUGGACUAGGUGUGGGUCUUCUAAGUGCGAAUAUUCCCCUGUACCAAUCGGAGACCGCACCAAAAUGGAUUCGAGGUGCAAUUGUUGGGUGUUACCAAUGGGCUAUCACAAUCGGUCUGCUCCUCGCAGCUGUGGUGCUGAAUUCAACCAAAGAUCGAAAUGAUACUGGAAGCUACCGUAUCCCUGUUGCGGUACAAUUCGCCUGGGCAAUUAUCUUGGUUGUUGGAAUGCUCAUCCUUCCUGAAACACCUCGUUAUCUGAUCAAGAAGGACCGUCAUGCAGACGCGGCAAAGGCGCUUUCUCGGCUCCGUCGCCUCCCAAUCGACCACCCUGCUCUGGUUGAGGAGCUUGCAGAAAUUCAGGCAAACCAUCAAUACGAGAUGGCCCUGGGCACUGCCUCUUAUCUGUCUCUUCUCAAACCACCGAUUCGAAAGAGACUUUUCACCGGUAUCGGACUUCAAGCUCUUCAGCAGCUGACCGGUGUCAACUUCAUUUUCUACUAUGGAACAACCUAUUUCAAGAGCGCAGGCAUCAACAAUCCAUUUACGACCAGUGUCAUUACCUGCGUUGUCAAUAUUUGCAGCACUGUUCCUGGGCUCUACCUGGUCGAGAAAUGGGGUCGACGCCCUCUUUUGAUGUUUGGUGCCAUCGGCAUGAGUAUCUCUCAAUUGAUAGUUGCGAGUGUUGGCACCGCUCGACCUGGCGAACCAGCAGCCAGUAACGCUCUUAUCGCAUUCGUUUGUAUUUACAUCUUCUUCUUUGCCUGCAGCUGGGGACCAUGUGCAUGGGUUGUUACCGGCGAGAUCUUCCCCCUGAAGGCACGAGCAAAGGGACUAUCGAUCACCACCGCCUCCAACUGGCUGCUCAACUGGGCGAUUGCUUAUGCAACCCCAUAUUUGGUCAACCCAGGCGAGGGCAAUGCCAAUCUUGGAUCUAAAGUCUUCUUCCUCUGGGGAGGGUUCUGUUGCAUCUGCAUGGCUUUCGUUUACUUCUUCAUCUAUGAAACCAAAGGUCUCUCCCUCGAACAAGUCGAUGAGCUUUACGCCAAGGUGUCACAAGCUCGCCACUCAAAAGGAUUCGUACCUACUGUCAACUUCGUGGACGUGAAGGGGGAGAUGGGAGAUGGAGACGUCCGAAGAGCCACUCUCGCCGACUUGGAGCAAUCUGCUGUGCGCCGCAAGAGUUCCGCUGGUGUCCACCAUGAGUACAAGUCAUGA